AUGCGCCCCGAGCAGCCCUUGGCGCUAUCAUUUAUACCCUCGCCCUCGUCGAAGCUGCAAUUGCUUCCACUCAGAGAUCUCUUCGAUGUUCAAUCAUCGAGCGUGGGGUUUUUCUAUCAGAUCAAUGACAUCUUCAUGAUCGGUCCGAGUUUCGCCCAGGACUUUCACCGCAUUCUUCGGAAAUGCUCCUCAACUUCGAGGGCUGUGCGGGAUGGCUUUCGCGCCAUCUUCACAGCGUUGAUAUGGAGGAGACACAGGGCGGCCAACUGGAGUGACAUUGACAUCUCCAGAGGUUCUUCGGCCCUUGAACGACUGAGAACCGCCCAACCAUCGACCCUGGACGAAGCAAUUUCACUCGCUGCUCUUGGCCCUACCAUUGCAGCGUUCGACUGUUUGACCACGUGUACCGGGGCAUUGCUGGUUCUGCGCCACAGUUUGUCACUGAUCAAACCAUGGUAUUCCCAAAUGUCGCAAGACGCUGAGCUUGAUCCCAUACUGAUAGCCCCCAUCUUGUGGGACACGGUGAACUGCCUGGUCACAGGGGAUGUCCCCGUUCUCGAAUACGGAUUUCGAGAUUUGUACCUGGUGGAUCGAGUGGCUGGCAUGUGCACAACCUUGAUGCCCAUGCUCUACCAGCUCUGCGUCCUUGGUCACAGGAUCAGGGACUCGACUGCGGAAGAUUACUCUCAAUCUUUGCGAACCUUGAAACGAAGACUGACGCUGUGGUCACCGGUGCUCCAACAAGAGUCACCAGGAAGGUUGACACGCGACGACAUUUCGGCCAUGGUCUCCCAGGCACUCAUGUACCGCUCCGCGAGCCUGCUCGUCAUCCACAGGCUUUCAAAUCCUCUGGGGACCGGUGAUGCUACCGGAAAAGCGCUCGCUGACGAAAUCAUUCGGCUCCUUGAAGACUAUCUGGCUCGAAGGGGUCCCGAUUCGAAGCUGCAGCACGUCAAUUUUCCCGUCUUCCUGGCCAUGCUUGAGACCACCGAGGUGCCCAAGAAUAUCUUCAAGGUACUGACAGCGCUCAGCAUCACAUCAAUCUCUGAACGGAAGCUAACGUCUGUCGUCGAUCAUGUCUGGGAGCAAAGGACCAAGGGAUAUUCGGGGAUGUUGUAUGAUCUAUUACGCAGUGGUCCAGAUUUUAUUACUGUCCCAUGA